UGCCAACACUAUAGCCACCACUUUUGUGGUGUUGGAUUGUGCAUUUUUUUUAUUCCUGAAAUCAUGUUUCCAGUGAUUCUGCUUCUGAUGGGCCUUUCUGGCCUCACAGUGCCAGUCCAAGCAGCACCGGGUUUAUUGGAUGACAUUUUCAGUUUAGUUGAUGAAAUAUACGACUAUACUGUUAAUGACUCCACAGAGGAAAUAUCUUCAGCUGAAAUUAAUGAAACUAUUGACUGGAUUUUUUCCUUCUUUGAUGAACCAGAAGUGUGUGAUCCAAAUCCAUGCCAGAACAACGGAGUAUGCAAAGUUCUUGAGAGUGGGCGCUUCAAAUGCAUCUGUAAAGAGCCUUACAUUGGCAAAACGUGUCGGGAUGAGAGAAACGUGUGUAAGAACGUGAAGUGUGGUCAUGGUGAUUGUGUCAGAACGGAAGAGGCCCCGUUUUAUGAAUGCAAAUGCCACCCCCCCUAUAGGGCCCCUAAGUGCAAGAAAGCCUCUGCUUGCGACCCGAGUCCAUGCCUGAAUGGAGGAAAGUGUGUUAAAGGCCGAACCAGAGCCAGAUUCACAUGCGAAUGUCCUGAAAAUUACAGUGGGAGGUUCUGCCAAGUUGGUCUAAAUGAUUGCUAUGAGGGGAAUGGGGAAUCAUACGGAGGUUUUGUCAGUGAGACAGUGGAAGAAAUAGAAUGUUUACCGUGGAACUACCAUCGUAUUCCUUUCAAAGAGUUUGAAGGGAAUGAGAGCAUUGGAGCCCACAAUUACUGCAGAAAUCCGGAUGGAGACCGGGAACCCUGGUGCUUUGUGAAAGACAAGGGCAAUCUCCGGUGGGACUACUGUAACGUCAAGCCAUGCUCUGAACCAGAACCAGUAAAACCCCCAACAACCCAUGCAAAACUGCAGUUUUCUGACUGUGGAAAGACUCGGGCUAGUAUGAUAUCCCCAAGGAUAUUUGGUGGGAGGAAGUCUCUGCCUGAAGCCCAUCCCUGGCAGGUCUCAUUUCAGGUCCGUCCCAUGGGCUCUAAUACAUCCUUCAGCCACAGCUGUGGAGGAACCCUUAUUGACUCCUGCUGGGUCCUUACUGCCGCCCACUGCAUUGAUGAGAAUGAGGAGGUAAGGUUGGAGUUGGGUGGUGUGAACCUGGAGAAAGAUGGUCCAGCAAAACAGUUUCUUGAGGUGGAGAAAAUCAUUGUUCAUGAGAACUAUACAGAGACACCUGAAGCCCUGUAUAAUGAUAUAGCCCUGUUGAAACUAAAGGCAAUAAAUGGACGGUGUGCCAAUGAGACCAGGUUCGUUAGGGCAGCAUGUCUCCCCACUGAUUCAUUCCCUGAUGAAACACUGUGCACCAUAUCAGGCUAUGGAGCCACUGAGAAAGAGUAUGCGGUCUCUCCUCAGCUGCUGGAUGCUAAAGUUCUCUUAAUCUCUCAAAAGCGUUGUAUGUCUCGUAAUGUCUAUGGGAACAGACUGGAUGAUUCCAUGAUAUGUGCUGGAUAUAUGCAGGGAAAGACUGACACUUGUCAGGGUGACUCUGGUGGACCCCUGGUUUGUCAGAAGGAUGAGACUCAUUACAUCUAUGGUGUGGUGAGUUGGGGUGACAGCUGUGGAAAAAAGAACAGGCCCGGAAUCUAUGCCCAUGUCCCCAAGUUCAUUGACUGGAUCAAUGAAAAGAUGCAUGCAGCUUAGGAUGGCUACUUCCAAGGUUUGAGCUCAAACUCAGUUCCUUGGAGGGCUGCAGUUCUGCAGUUUAGUUCCAACCCACAAACCAUGUAGUUUUCAAAUAAGCCUGAAGGAUCUGAUUAGCUGGAUCAGGUGUUUAAUUAGGGUUGCAUCUAAACUCUGCAGGGAUCCGGCCCUCCAGGAACUGAGUUUGACACCCUUGAUUGAAUAGCUGAAAGAGGUUUUACCUGAGAAGCCAAUUUACAAUAAAUGUAAAAAUAAAUGUAUAAAUGGUCAGUGACAGUUAUGUGGAAAAAGCGCAAUUAGUAGCCAAAGGCAUAACAUCAGUAGGUUCAAUGUCAGUUUCUAAUCUGACCUUUAUACAUUAAAUAAAGGCCAAUUAAAAAGUUUCUUGAAUUAACCAUUUGAGAAAAUGUACAUAUUGAUGUCAAAGUCACCAUGGACGUAGUGACAGAUAUUCUUUAUAUUGUGACAUUUAAAUAUAAUUGAUUAUAAAAGUAUGAUGGGGACUGGAUUGAAUUUCAAAAUGUGAAAUUGCACUCAAACCUGGAGGAAAAUUAACUUGAGCUUGAAGGGGUGGGUUUAAGCCGACUAAAUGAUUGGAGAAGUCCUGCAUGUAAUACCAGAAAAGUCCAAGUUGUGACAUUUUGAAAAGAAAGUUAAACCUAUAAGACCUAUGCAUUUAGGAAAGAUUUUUAAUUUAGCUCAUUACUACUUUGACUUGUGUUUGAAGACUUUUGUAACAUUUUCAACGUCAUUAAGCUGUCUGUUUGUACAUGUAUCCAAGUAAAAAUGUUUGGCUGUCUUGACAUUUACUUUAGAAUAAAACUUCAGAUUUUAAAUUUCACCAAAAGCCAUUGAGUGUGAAUCUAUGAAUGAGAUCACAUGUACCAAUGCUUUACAUCAACGCACAAUUUAUUUCCAGUUAAGGAAGGUUUAAUUUGCUUCUUUACACCAAACAUGAGACACUGACAAACUAGUAAAAAUUAGGUAUACAUCAAAUCAGCCAUGCUCAGAAAAAAAAACCUUUAUUAUCAUUCACAUGGAAAUUACGACCAAGUGAGCAUGUCACAAAUUAUAGAACUUCCGGAGAUGUGAAAUAAGCUCAGAUAUCUGCCUUAUAGGUUUUCACAAAAGCACUUGCACAGGAUCUUUCUGCAAAAAAGAAAUGCUGUAGCCAAAAUUGAAAGAAAAUCAAAUCAAGGCGUUACACAGGAGCAAUCAGGAGAAUACUGGAAACAGCCAAGCACUCUGCACCGCAACACGCCACCUUAACAGCUAACCAGCAAAACUCAACUGCUACGCAACUGCGCCUAGUGCAUAGAAAAUACACAAGAGAGAAUAUUAGAAUCAUGUUGUUGUGAAAUUUUCCAUUUAAACCAUAACACCACCUGCUCGGUUAGCAAUCUUUAUGAUGUCACGGUUUUACAUAGUACGAUUUUUAGUGGCCAAAUUACAGUCUCUACCCAGUCCUUUAAAGGUCAAAGAAAUAUUCACAACAUCCAAAAUUGUCCAUUAAUAAAUGUUUAUUAAGAACAAAAAAAAAAAAAAAA